GGAUGGCGGCGUCCAGUGGGGCUGGGGCGGGUAAAGGUGGCGGAGGGGAAGGUGGCACUGGGGAGCUGAGAAGAGCAAAAUUUCUGGCCGCUGGAGCCCCACGUCGCAUCGGGGCGUGACGGUCGUCCCCCAGAGGCCGAGCUCAGGUUGGCCCGCGGCGCAGUUGUCAUCUUUUCCUUCUGUAAGCUGCCACCAUGACCCUGACGAAAGGUUCCUUUACCUACUCCAGCGGGGAGGAAUACCGUGGCGAGUGGAAGGAGGGCCGGAGACAUGGCUUUGGUCAACUGAUGUUUGCAGAUGGUGGCACCUACCUGGGUCACUUUGAGAAUGGGCUGUUUAACGGCUUUGGUGUACUGACCUUCUCAGAUGGCUCAAGGUACGAGGGAGAAUUUUCCCAGGGCAAGUUUAAUGGUGUCGGAGUCUUCAUUCGAUAUGACAACAUGACCUUUGAGGGGGAAUUUAAAAAUGGCAGAGUGGAUGGUUUUGGCUUGCUGACUUUCCCUGAUGGUUCUCAUGGAAUACCCCGCAAUGAAGGGCUGUUUGAAAACAACAAGCUGCUGCGGCGCGAGAAGUGCUCCGCUGUGGUUCAGCGCGCUCAGAGCGCCUCCAAAUCAGCCAGGAAUCUCACUGCCUGACCGAACGUUGGGCACAGCUGGAGAAGUAUCUGUAAAGUGACAUCCCUUGUAAAGCGUGCGAGGUGAACAAACGAACCAGAUAUGAGAAUGACCGUGGCGCCACAGCCUGUGAGCUGCUCUGUCACCUGCCAAUCAGGACCUGUUCAGUCGCAGAAAAGCGUGGAGGAUUCUGGCCCCAAGACCCUGCAGCAGUUCUGUCCUUCUCUGGCCCUUAUGUGCUCAGAACAGGGGCUGCCCUUUCCUCCUUGCGGUUACUCCCUAAGACUGAAGGCCAAUGCUGUGGCCCUCUCUCCAUAUAGACUAACCUCAUCCCACCCACCCUUACACAGAUGACCCCAGCCAGUCCUGUGUGCUACCAUGGAGAAAUCAGGAAAAAGACAGGGGUGACUUAGACCACAGCAGCUCUGUUAAGUCCAGGCCAGAGCUUUCCUGUGUGCUACCCGCCUCAUUCACUGCAUUUGGAGUUCUGGCUCCACGCCGGCCUCUGUGUCGUAUUUCUCCUCAAUGUAAGAGAGUGGAUUUCUUCUCCCCUCAGCUUUACAGUCAACUGUCUUCCUUACCUGGCUUACAGCCGACAGCCCAAUCCCCGUCUGUGCCUCUCCUUUCCCUUAGAUGUCAGACAGGAUCCCUUUAUAGAACAGCCAAUAAGAAACUAGUGAAAAAGUAACUGUGACUGAAUUCACUACUCGCUUCAGGGCAAAGGGCAGACCUGCCCAGGCCUCGUCUGGGAUGACCUGAAUCCCAGGGAAGGCUUGCACUGAGAGUUCCUUCCCCGUGCACCACUGGAUCACACUCGCUGACCCUUGGGUAUUGAUAGACUUGGGUCCAUCCUGGUGUGAACUGUCUGGCAUUGGCGCCUCUGUUUUACUUGUGACUCUUCAAGCAAGAGACUCACCUUCAGGCCUGGGACAGAUCUUCGUGCCAAAAUCAUCACAAGGUCCCCAGGUAGCCUAGGCCCCAGCCCCAGUUCCCAUCCUCAAAUCUCCCUCAACAGCAGACUGUGGUGGAAAUUAUAGCUGUGUGCCUCUCUUUAGUCUCUGAACUGUACUGUAGAACAAGUGUAUAGGAAUAAAGCGAUCACCAGAACUG